CCUCCGUAGAGUAAGCUAGCUGCUCGUGCCACCAGUACACCGGACACCGCUCGCUGCGCAUCGGAGAUAAGCGAGCACGGAGAGCAUUUUCUUCUUCGGCCAGGCUCACGUCACUGCAGGCGUUCGAGAUGUUGUCUUCGUUGAGCUACAGCAAUUCUGCAAGCGCUGAGCAUGGCGCGGUCAAGAUGCCAAAGAGUUCACUGCACAGCCGUGCAGCUACGGACGGAGAAGCUCGAUCGCCCUCGGCACGCAGCGCGAGUAGCGCGAAUGGUGCGUUUUCUGCGCUCAUGGCGAGCGAGCGGGAAGCAGCCUUGGCUACUCCAAGACCUCCCGACGCCAGCGCUACUCCUCGUCCCGGUCCUGUGCAAGCAGCAGAAGCAGCAGAGGCAGCAGUCCGGGCUCAAGCUGAAGCAGCAGCGAGUGGCAGAUGGUUUGGCUGGGCGCGCAGGACCGGUCGGAACCAGGAGGGAAGCGAGGCGACGCUGGGAGGUCAUCAGCGCAACGGAACAGUGCUGAGCGACGUCGAGGAUGUGUACGAAGAGCCAGAAAGGCAUGGCGGUGCGUCGGCUUACGCCAAUGACAGCAUCGGACGAUCCAGCCUGGCCAGCACUGGCACUAGCGCCAGCGCCAGCUACAACGGCAGUGGCCCUGCCUUUGGCUUUGGUAGCGAGGCCAGGCGCGAGAAGAGGCGCAAAAAGUACGCCCCACCCGAAAUGCUCAUCUUGGUGAGACCGCCGCCCAGCAAGCAGAGCAACCCAUUGAACCUGCAAAUCCAGCUGGUCACUCCCCUCACCCAGCCAGGAUCAGGCUCGCGUGUUUCUGGUGAGCUUCGCCGUGUGACUCCGCUAUACAAUCUGUUCUUCCACUCUCUGCUUCCCACCACUGUCAGCGACGCAGGCAACGAUCAAAAGAUCGCCAAAUUCGGCCGCAAGGGCGUCGAGAUCGAUGGGUUUGGACAGCUAGAACCAAGGGAGCUGAUUCCUGGAGUGAGCGACAUGCGCAGAGGUAGCGGUCCUCUUAGCACACUGGGCAGCGACAUCUCCCCUCCGCAAGGGACAGGAUCCGACGUAGGCAUACUCGUGACAGACGAAGAGCCUCCAACAAGCUUCGAGUCCAUGACGCCUGAGGCUCAAGCUCCACCCGAGACGGCUGGAGGCCGGCUUUUGAGCAAGUUCAAGCGCUUCAGUCUCCAAGGUCCUCGUCCUGGAAGCUCAUCUGGAUCAGCUGGCAAUAUGCCAACAUCUGCUGGUCCGUUCGGUCGCUUCUCACUGGCCCUGAACAGCGGAGCCGCUUCGGCAACCAGCAUCAAAGCUCGAGGGAGCAUAGACGCCAGUGCCCCGAGCACCCUCGAAUCCAGUCUAGCCGGCAGCAUCACAACUGCCAGUGGCUCUGACAUACCGCAGAUGGUGCCUGCCUCCGGCCUCUCUAGCGAAGGUCGCCGCAAGACUGCUGGGUACUAUUGGACGAUACGCAAACUCAACAGAAGCGCGCCAGGAGAGGUCAUCAAUGCCCAACCACGCGUUGACGCGGAAGGUCAGAAUGCUGUCCUUGCAAGCGUGUGGAAGCGCUUCAAUCUUGUCAACCGCCAGGCUGGGGAAGUUCAAGUUCUACACCCACCUAUCGAGCAGAUUCCUAUCCGCUUUGAGUGGACCAAAGAUCCCAAUGCUAGGAGAGCUUCGCGUUCAAGCAGGCGUUCGAGUCGCGUCAUUGGUCACGGGCGCGCUGCUACGGACGCUGUUUCGCCGGCGCCGAGAGCGAUCGCAGCCAGACGUGGGAGCUUCGACAUCGAAACCGCUGUCAGCGGAAACAGCGAUCGAAGCGGGGGGCCGCAACCUCUAUCCGAAAGGCUCGUCACUGCCAACGGAGCUGUGGCCCCUGCUGGCAGCAAUCUUCAACCACCAAGCAACGCAGGCUCUAGGCCUGGCUCCAUCCACAGCGCAAGAAGGUCGAUGGAAAGCAGCGCUUUGGACGACACGACCAGCUCGCAUGGGGAUGCCGAGGAGGACGAGGGCUAUGGAUCGGACCCAGAAGACAGUGAGACUGCUUGGUCGUGCCAUCUCGUGCUAGGGCCAGAAACCCGCAUUCCCAUCGGUUCUUUGGCGCCUGCACCACAUCACCCAAAGAUCGUCGGCCAACUAGCCAUUCCUUUCCCCUUGCCCGACCUCAGCGCUUCGGGCUUGUGCGCAGACGGUGCUGGCUUGUCUCGCGAAGAGCUCAAAGACAUCGUCUGCACCACUUGCUUCUUCUUGACCAUUCGUGAAGGAUGGGGAGGCAUUGGCAGUCGGAAGCGCAAGGGCGACAGCGGACUGAGAAUGGCCGCUGCACAGCACAUGCGUCCGAUUUAGACUCUUUCACAGCGGUUUCUCGGCACUUGCAAUCUUCCUUUCUCUUUUUUCGAAAUCUCCCCUCGUCAUUGAGCGAU